AUGGGGCCCCCUGGCAAUAGGGGAUCAUGGGGCCCCUGUGUCCUUGCCCAAACUCAAAAAAGCCUAUGAAAAAGGUAGCAGGGGCAUCUCAUGAGGCUUCUCUUCCGCAUCACCAUCUUCAAAUAAUCAGCACAUGGUGAGCAGCAUGAUAAAAGAGGGUUUCUACCAGGGGCGGACUGACAACUCAUGGGGCCCCCGGGCAAUAGUGGAUCAUGGGGCUCCUGUGUCCUUGCCCAAACUCAAAAAAGCCUAUGAAAAAGGUACCAGGGGCAUCUCAUGGGGCCCCCUACUGACCCCAGGCCCUCGGGCAGUGCUGAGUUUCCAAAUGGUCAGUCCGCCCCUG